AUGAUGUCCUCAUUCCGAGUUUGGCUCCUUCUCGCCCUUUUCCGCUUGUUCUCCGUCUACCUGGUGGUAUCCUGGUUCGUGCCCGACGAGAUCUACCAAUCCACCGAAGUCGCUCAUCGGCUCGUCUUCGGCGUCGGCCAUAUCUCUUGGGAAUGGACCUAUGGGCUUCGUUCUUACCUUCAUCCAGCAAUAAUCGCCGUGUUCUUCAAAUUGCUUCAAUUUUUCGACUUCGAUUAUCGAUUUCUUGUUUAUCAAUUGCCCAGAAUCAUCCAUGCUUUGUUGUUUUCUCUGGGUGACAUUUCCUACUAUCGCCUGUGCUAUCGGCUCUCGAAAACCUCCAGAAUCGCUCUCUUCUCCUUCGCGAGCUACCUCACCUGCUGGUUCGUCUUCUACUGUGGGCCGAGGACGCUGUCGAACUCCCUGGAAACGUCGCUCACGCUCAUCGCGCUCACCUGGUUCCCAUUUGAAGGCGCCCACGAACACGCUUACACGAUCCCCUACAUCGUAAUUGGCUUGGUGACGAUCAUCAUUCGGCCCACCGUCGCCUUGAUCUGGAUCGUCUUCGGCAUCCAUCACUUGACGUACUGCUGGUCAAAACUUUAUGUGGUGUUUGCCCUCGUCGUCCCUACUACCAUCACUGUAAUCGGCACCUGUGUCGUCUUCGAAUCGUUGGCUCUCGGCGAGCUGAAUCUGCCGCUGUGGAACUUCCUCUCCUUUAACGUGCUCAAAGGCGGAAGCGCCAUGUUUGGCGUCCAUCCUUGGUACUGGUACUUCACCGAAGGUCUUCCAUCAGUCUUGUCCGUCCAGUUCUUCCUGGCCGUCUUCGCUCUCAUCGGAUUGCAUCCACUUCUCCCGAGUUACCUGCCAUUUUGCGCCUCUGCUGUCUACGUGGUUUUCCACUCGUUCCUACCGCACAAGGAGCAACGUUUCCUGCUUCCGAUCAUCCCCUUCUUGUGCCUCUACACCGGCGUCGCCAUCGACAAGAUCCGCGUUUCCUUCGGUCGGGCCAAGCUGUUUCCAUUGCUCUUCACGAUGUUCUUCAUCAACGCCAUCAUCGCUCUUGUCGCCUCGCGCUAUCAUCAAGUCGGACCGUUCCAAGCUUCUCACGCCGUUAUCACACAAGCUGCUGAAUCCGGCAAGUCGUUCUCCAUCGCCGCUCUGAUGCCGUGCUACUCAUUGCCUGGUCACUCCUAUUUCCAUCACGAUGUCAACAAACUUCGCAUGUUGGACUGCUCUCCUGACAUCAGUGGAAAACGAGCUGGGAAGCCCGACGAAGCUGACACCUUCUACGCCAAUCAUCAGCAGUGGCUUGAAGACGUCUUCGAGAAUGAACAUCAGCAGUACGACAGGAUUCUGAUGUAUGAGAAGACCUAUUUGAGAGUUGCCGAUUGGUUCACUCGCCGUGGCUGGAUUGACUGUCACCGUGCUUUUCAUUCUUAUAUCCUUACGUCAUCUAGAGAAGAUCAUUAUAUCGUUAUUUUGUGCCCUUCCUCUUGAAUUUUCGUUUCUACGUGUUACUGUUAAAUGUGAUAAUAAUAAAUUGCAAACUGAAACGAGUUUUUUAGCCGGAAAAUUUGAUGAAGCUCAAAAGAUUUGUUUCUUUUACUCUUUUCUUCAGAAGCACAGUUGCAAUGGAACCAUUGUCGAGCAUCCCGAAUUCGGAGAGGUUAUCCAGUUGACCGGUGAUCAGCGUGACAAGGUCAAAGACUUUUUGAUAAAGGUGAGCUUACUCAUUUGAAAUUGAAAGGUUGAAAAAAUAUAAUUUUCAGGUCGGAAUCGUCAAAGAGGAAAAUUGUCGUGUGCACGGUUUCUGA